AUGGGCAAGAGGGGCUUCGACAAAGAGGGACGUGUGGUUCAGCCCCCCUUCAACACAGGGGAAGAGAAGAAGAUCUUUCCGCAGUUCCACCCGCACAACCUGUUGGGAAACAAGUAUCUCCCCCUUCUAGGAGCGCCCCACAGAGGGCCUGGGUGCUACACAACAGACACUAGGUAUGACUGGGCGUACAACCUCUCCAAAACCCCGACCAGUAAGAAAGGAUACGCGUUGGGAGCCAGAACAACCAUGAGAUUUAAGCUGAAUAAGGAUCUGACACCUCACCCAGCCACAUACCAGUCAAUAGAUCUUCAGGAGGGAAAACAAAAACAAAGUUUUGCUCCAUUUAAUGUCAUGUUGCCUCGAUUUGUGAAACGCUCAAAGGACGUGAGUUAUCCUGGCCCUGACAUGUACAACCCAGUGAUAAAACCACCCCCAAAAGUCACCUGGCCAAUGAAAUUUGGAUCUCCAGACUGGGAUCAGAUUCCACGUCUGCGGAAGAGGACCAUAAAAGCUGAGUUGCCCAGCGACAAGGACUUCAGAAGAUAUCGGAACCGCAUGGCCUACUUGAGCCUGUUUUAUGGUUCCGAAGCCGGGCCUUCCUUCGCGUGCUCCUCCUGA